CAAAGUAACUCUUAAUUUGUUGCCCUAGCUAGUAUUAUAUAUAUGAUCUAAUUUUGAGGAAAGGGAAAAAACAACAACUAAAAAGAACAAAAAGAGUCGACUCGUUCAUUUGUUUAUCACCCGCUGAAAUGGCUGUGGCAAAAACUCUACGAUUUGUCCCUCUAGUAACAACCUUCAUCAUCAUCUUCAUUUCUACUGCCAUUACUCAUGGCCACGCGGCUAGUUUUACUCCUAGGAAGGUUUACUUGGUGUUUCUGGAUUCACAGAUUAUACCAAGUACCAAACCUGCGCAUCUAGAUCUUCUCAAGACUGUGCUUCAAGACAUCACACCAGAGGAAUCUCUUGUCUAUGACUAUCGCUCCACAAGUGGGUUUGCGGCAAAACUCAGUGAAACUGAAGCAAAGCAUUUAGCAAGUAUCAAGGGUGUGGUAUCAGUGUUUCCGAGUGAAGUUGCACACCUCGAUCGUCCUUAAUUAAGUGGAUAGUGUGGACCCAAGUUUCGGGAGACAAAAACGCUUGGAUUUGGUUAAAGAGAGAAAUAUAUAGUUGGAAACCUUUGAAUCUAGACGAUCUAUUCACUAUUGACAUAAAUUGAGAAUUUGGUAUCGUUCCAAUUUUUAGUUUCAUAAUCGAGCUUAUUACUAAGGUUAAGUUAUUUCUUUCAAGAAUUAAUACCUACUAAGUCGUUGAAUGAUUGUUUACUCUCAAUAAGUUAUCUGAGGUCCA